AUGGAGAUGGGAGGAGGAGUUGUCGGUGGCGAAAGCCAGGGGUGGCCUCAGGCUUUCCAGAUCCUCGUUCCCGUCUUCUUCUCCACGGCGAUGCUGCUCGUCGGGGGGCUUUCGCUCCUGAUGAAGCGCUGGUGGUUGCGGCGGCGGCUAUGGUGCAGAUGUGACGUGUGCCACAAGUAUGCGACUGCCGGGUGGGCCGCCGAGUUCGACAACCUCUGCGACUGGUACACGCAGCUACUCCGCCGCUCCUCGACCCACACUAUCCACGUCCACGUGCUCGGCAACACCAUCACGGCCAACCCGGCCAACGUCGAGCACAUGCUGAGCGGCCGCUUCGACAACUACCCCAAGGGGAAGCCCUUCUCCUCCAUCCUAGGCGAUUUCCUCGGCAAGGGCAUCUUCAACGUGGACGGGGCGCACUGGGUCUUCCAGCGUAAGAUGGCCCUCAUGGAGCUGGGGAGCGUCUCCAUGAGGUCCUACGCCAUCCAGAUCGUCUCCGGCGAGGUGCGCCACCGACUGCUCCCCUUGCUGGCCUCCGUCUCCGGCGACGGCGCCCUCGACAUCCAGGACAUCUUUCGCCGGUUCUCCUUCGACUGUAUAUGCCGGAUCUCCUUCGGGCUGGACCCCGCCUGCCUCGACCUCUCCCUCCCUAUCUCCGAGUUCGCCACCGCCUUCGACAGGGCAUCCAGCAUCUCCGCCAGCCGCGCUGCCGCCACCUACCCCGGCGUGUGGAGGCUCAAGCGGCUGCUCAACCUUGGUUCCGAGAAGGAGCUCAGGCGGUGCAUCAGGCUGAUCGACGUUCUCGCCAAGGAGGUCAUCAGGCAGAGGAGGAAGAUAGGGUUCCUCUCCGGCGAGGACCUCCUUUCCAGGUUCAUGGGCUCGGUCGACGACGAGAGCUACCUCCGCGACAUCAUCGUCAGCUUCCUCCUGGCGGGCCGCGACACCGUCUCCUCCGCCCUCACCAGCUUCUUCCUCCUCCUGGACAAGUACCCGGCGGUGGAUCGGGCCAUAGUGGAGGAGACGCACCGCGUGAUGGGCCACGGGAACGGGGAUAGCGUCCCCACCUACGACCACCUCUGGGAUAUGCACUAUCUCCAUGCGGCGCUGUACGAGAGCAUGCGUCUCUACCCGCCGGUGCAGUUCGACUCCAAGUUCGCCGUCAACGACGACGUGCUCCCCGACGGGACGUUCGUGCGGAAGGGCACGAGGGUCACCUACCACGCCUACGCCAUGGGGAGAAUGGAGGACGCCUGGGGAGCCGACUGCAUGGAAUUCAAGCCGGAGCGGUGGCUUGCAGCGGAUGGAUCCUUCUCGCCACAGAACCCCUACAAGUAUCCCGUUUUCCAGGCCGGCAUGAGGGGCUGCCUCGGCAAGGAGAUAGCCCUCAUGGAGAUGAAGUGCGUCGUCGCCUCCGUCCUCCGGGGCUUCCGGCUCGACCCCCUCCACCGCGGCCGCUCGCCCAAGUUCUCCCCGGGCUUGACCGCCUCCCUCGCCGGCGGCCUCCCCGUUCGAGUCGUCCGCCGUAACGCUUUCUGCUCUUAG